AUGGCAUCGCAGCAAUCUUCACUCUUUACUCUUCCAACAUACAGUACCACCUCAUUAUCUCGACUGCAAGCACUCUACUCGAAUAACAUAUCCUGGCAGAAGAACUCGGAUCCCGCUGGAUUUCACUCAAGCAUCGAAUGGUGGCGGAGAACCUUCGAAGCUUUUGUCGCCACUGGGAUACAGACCAAUACCUCUAGCAGACUAGUGCUGAAUGCGUCCGCAAGAAUAAGUGAAAAUUUGAGGGUUGAGGGUGUUGGAACACCAGCUGGCUUGAGUACAGUCAUUGUGGAACCUUCUAGCAGCAAGUCACCACCUGCAUUCAUUCCUCUUUCCGCUUUCCUGUCUUUGCCACAGUCCAUUUACGCGUCGCAUUCGCUUCUUCAUGCCCUUCCCUCACUAGUCGCGUCAUAUCUAAUAGCCAAGCCGUUCUGGUGGGCAUUAGGACAAAUAGGCGCCGAUAGCUUGUUUGCUUCAAACAGUGCCGACCUGAAAUGGCAUGGGGAAUACGUCAUCCUCAGCCUACUAGAAACCGCCGCCGAGAAAAUCCUGGCGGAACAGAAGACGAAAGUGGGGGGACCAGGUGACAUGCUAUACAGCAUAGAAGGUUUCCGCAAGGAUUUUGCUGCUUGUAUCGGCGAGACUUGCAUUAUGAGUGAGACGGACGCAAAUGUUCUGAUCAAGUUCUUGGAAAGGGAUAAGAACAUCAUUACUGUUGAUAAGCAGGUAAUUAAGUUCAUCGACAAGGAUGCUCCGCCAGAGACGUGGCGAAUCACUGCUGUUGAUCAAGGCGUACUGGAGCUUAAAUCGGCCAUUGCCAAACUCCAUGAUCAAAUCGUAGGUCUUCAGAAGAAGAUUGACCUCUCCACCCAGAAAGCUGCAGAGGCUUUGAAGCAGAAGCGACAGUUAAUUGCUCUCAGUUAUAUCCGAUCUCGAAAACAACUGCAAGACGUUCUUUUCAAACGUCUUGGAGCGCUUGACACGCUGGAAGGCACCCUCAUAAGGGUUGAAGUAGCAGCUGCGAAUGUUCAAGUACUCGAAUCAUAUGCUCAAUCUGCCACUACCCUCCGCAAUAUCCUGUCACAUCCAUUACUGCAACGCGACUCUAUCGAGCAGACGAUGGAGGCAAUCGCAGAAGCCAAUGCCGAUGCCAAAGAGAUAGACGACGCUGUACGCAUUGGCGGCGACAUUGCGAUUGGAGCAAAUGACGGGUUUGACGAAGACGAAUUGCAGGCAGAACUCGAUGGGUUGAUAAAGGAAAGCAAGGAGAACGAAGACAUGAAGGUGCUGGCAGAGAAGCAGCAGUCGAGGGAGAAUGAAUCGACCGGGCAAGACAUGGACAACAUGGUUGCUGAAGAGACUAAGAAGAUGGCGAUUCUCCAGAUAUAA